AUGGCGUCCACCGCGGCAGGGAAGCAGCGGAUCCCCGAGGUGGCGAAGGUGAAGAACGAAGCUCCUGCCGAGGUGCAGAUCACCGCCGAGCAGCUGCUGAGAGAAACCAAGGAGAGGGAGCUGGAACUUCUGCCGCCCAAGCAGGAGAUUACCGACAAGGAGGAGCUCAACGACUCCAAGCUGAGGAAGAGGAAGAAUCAUAAAGGAAGACCCAAAAGAUACUGCUGUCGUCAUUGCAAGCAAGUCUUCACCACUUCAUCAAACCUGAAGAUCCAUAAGAAAACUCACACUGGUGAUAAACCAUACAGAUGUGAUCAGUGUGGAGCGGCUUUUGCCCGGCAAGGUGAUUUGACGAGUCACCAACGUAUUCACACUGGAGACAAGCCUUACAGGUGUGAUCAGUGUGGUGCGGCUUUUACCCAGCGAGGUCAUUUGACGAGUCACCAACGUAUUCACUCUGGAGACAAGCCUUACAGGUGUGAUCAGUGUGGAGCGGCUUUUACCCAGCAAGGUGCUCUAACGACUCACCAACGUAUUCACACUGGAGACAAGCCUUACAGAUGUGAUCAGUGUGGAGCGGCUUUUACCCAGCAAGGUGCACUAACGACUCACCAACGUAUUCACACUGGAGACAAGCCUUACAGAUGUGAUCAGUGUGGAGCGGCUUUUACCCAUAAAAGUCACCUAACGAGUCACCAACGUAUUCACACUGGAGACAAGCCUUACAGGUGUGAUCAGUGUGGAGUUGCUUUUGUCCAGCAAAGUGACCUAAAGCGACAUCAACGUAUUCAUACUGGAGACAAGCCUUACAGAUGUGAUCAGUGUGGAGCGGCUUUUGCCCAGCAAGCUCAUUUGACGAGUCACCAACGUAUUCACACUGGGGAAAAGCCUUACAGAUGCGAUCAGUGUGGAUCGGCUUUUGCCCGGCCAGAUCAUUUGACGACUCACCAACGUAUUCACACUUGGGAAAAGCCUUACAGAUGCGAUCAGUGUGGAUCGGCUUUUGCCCGGCCACAUCAUUUGACGACUCACCAACGUAUUCACACUGGGGAAAAGCCUUACAGAUGCGAUCAGUGUGAGGCGGCUUUUGCCCAUCAAGGUCAUUUGACGAGUCACCAACGUAUUCACACUGGAGACAAGCCUUACAGGUGUGAUCAGUGUGGAGCGGCUUUUGCCCGGCAUGAUCAAUUGACGAGACAUCAACGUAUUCACACUGGAUAAAAAUUGUACAUUUGUGAUUAUUGCUGAUAUCAUUUAUUUUGAGAGUUCAGUUAACAUGCACCAAUUAAGUUAAUUUAGUUUGAAAGAAAUAAUUGUGGUGGUUUGAUUGUGGGAAAGAUUUUGAAUAUUUAAAAAAAAAAACCCAGCAGAUUCUUACAGCUGUAAGAGCUGUUCAGUUAUAACCAGAUUUAGAAAAUGAAAUAGAAGAACUCAAUUCAAAAGUCUUUAUUUUGAACAUGAUGGUAGUGUAAGUAACCGAAAUGCUCGAACAUACUUGAACAAUGAAUGCAAGAGAUUCUUUUUUUGAAGCAGCAGCAGUUUUGACAUGUUCAAAAAGAAGUAAGAAGUAAAAAAAAUGUCUCCUUCCCCUUGAACUCAAUACCAUGUUUUCACAUAGACCCUUGUUGUUAGAUGUCAAAAAUCUUGAUGUAUUGAAGUUACACAAAUUAAUAUUAACCAUUUGACACAGUGUAAACAUAUUGUGGUAUACGUGAGUAUAAAUUUGCGGAUACCUGGGUGAUCAUUGCCAUUUGCAGUUACAUUUCCCUCUAUAUAAACACUAUUUAAAGUUGUAAUAUGCAACUUCUGAGAGCUAGCAGGAUUUGAAAUUGGCACCUCCUCUAAGCCCCGCCCCCUCCUCCCCCUCCCGUCAGCGCUCCGUCCAAAGCCACGCCCCCACAAACUUUGGU